AAUUUUCCUGAGGACCAUUCGCAGAACAGUGUAGACCAAAGUUGACAGUAACUUUGUUCCUGAGAUGAAUGUCCUUAAAGUUUUUCAGAAGUAUUCUUCUCGAAUGAGGAGAACUUACCUUUGCGGACAAUACUUUGGCGUUGACAGAUUGCAACAUGUUGGAACACAUGCUCAGCAAGGGAAAAAUGUGGACUGCUAUCGACUCGAAACCUCAAGUGCAAAGACCAUGAUGGAUAUUGGAACAAGGCAGAUCUUUUCUGAAGAACAUGACCUCUUCCGUAAAAGUGUACGCCGGUUCUUUCAAGAGGAGGUGAUGCCACACCAUACAGAGUGGGAGAAAGCAGGCCAGGUAAGCAGAGAGGUGUGGGAAAAGGCAGGUGAGUGUGGUCUUUUGGGAGUUUUUACACCUGAGGAACAUGGAGGCCUUGGAGGGGAUCUGCUGUCUGCUGCUGUGGUGUGGGAGGAACAGAUGUACUCUAACUGCUCAGGGCCUGGAUUCUCUCUUCACUCUGACAUUGUGAUGCCAUACAUCAGUCACUAUGGCAGCAAUACCCAAAUUGAGAAAUUCAUCCCCCCAAUGGUUGCUGGAAAAUGCAUUGGUGCCAUUGCCAUGACAGAACCAGGAGCAGGCAGUGAUUUGCAGGGUGUAAAGACCUAUGCCAAGAGAGAUGGCAAUGACUGGAUCCUAAAUGGAAACAAGGUCUUCAUUACCAAUGGGUGGAUGAGUGACCUGGUGAUUGUGGUUGCUGUGACAAAUCGUGAGGCCCGUACAGCAGCUCAUGGCAUCAGCCUUUUCCUGGUGGAGAAUGGAAUGAAGGGCUUUCAGAAGGGUCGGAAGUUGGAGAAAAUUGGCCUGAAAGCUCAGGACACUGCAGAGCUGUUCUUUGAGGAUGUACGUCUCCCAGGAGAUGCAUUAUUAGGGGAAGUCAACAGAGGGUUCUACUACCUAAUGAAUGAACUGCCACAGGAGCGCUUGCUGAUAGCCAUUAUGGCUAUUGCCAGUUGUGAGUUCAUGUUUGAGGAAACGAGGAACUAUGUCAUGCAGAGGAAAGCAUUUGGCAAGACCAUAGCACAUCUACAGACUGUUCAACACAAGCUGGCAGAACUUAAGACUGAAAUUUGUGUAGGCAGAGCAUUUAUAGAUACCUGCCUCCAGCUACAUGCUUUGAGACGGUUGGACUCUUCCACUGCAUCUAUGGCUAAGUACUGGACGUCUGAGUUGCAGAACAAAGUAGCAACUCAGUGUUUGCAAAUGCAUGGUGGAUGGGGGUACAUGUGGGAGUAUCCUAUUGCAAAAGCAUUUGCUGACUCCCGGGUUCAGCCCAUAUAUGGAGGAACUAAUGAAAUCAUGAAAGAGCUGAUUGCCCGUACCAUUGUGGGACAACAAUAGAGAGAGGGGUGAUGGUGAACCUCAGUGUACAGUAAAUGCACUACUGGUAAAUGUCAAUGAGUCAAGACGAAUGUGCAUCUGCAUCAGGGUUAAUGAAAUUAUUUGUCUUCGAGUUAUGAUUUCCUGUAGCAUUGUGCCAUUUUAGUGACUGAAAAGAUUAAAUGUGCCGUUUUAAUGUGUUGUGCGAGCCAUUAUUAAUGCUUUACAGUAGGAGCCAUCAAAUCAGACUUGAAUGGUCCGUGCCAUUGUUUACUUGCUAUAUUUUUGAAUAAAAUAAAUGUUGUACAUAAUAAGGAA